GUCUGAAAAGUUAAACCCAACACACUUCCAUUCCGCUUACACACUACCCGGGCAAAUCUGCAUCAUCCGAACUUUUACAGCCAAGGAAAGUCAAAAUGGCUUUGGUAUCAGAGUUUCUGGGACAGAUGUGUCUGAACAUUGGGGCCCAUGAACCCAAACACCCCACCGUGGUGCCUGCUGUUGACUUUAACCCAGUCAAAGAUGCUGCCAGAAUAGAGACGGCGAUCAAAACCAAAGGAGUGGAUGAGCAGACCAUCAUUGACGUCCUCACAAAGCGGACCUACUCACAAAGGAGAGAAAUUGCUUUUGCAUAUGAACGGAGUUCAAAGAAGAACAUGAUCACAGCCCUGAAGGGGGCGCUGUCUGGCUCUCUGGAAACAGUGAUCCUUGGACUGAUGAAGAGCACGACUCAGUUUGAUGCCUCAGAGAUCCGAGGAUCUAUCAAGGGCUUAGGAACUGAUGAAGAAACCCUGAUUGAGAUUCUGUGCUCACGCAGCAAUGAUGAGCUGGUGGAGAUCAAGAAAGAGUACAGUCAGUUGUUCGGGAAGGAACUGGAGAAAGAUGUGUCGGGUGACACCUCUGGACAUUUCGCUAAGCUGCUCCUGGCUCUGGUGCAGACCAAAAGAGCCGCACCAACCUCUGUGGUAGACUACGAAAAAAUUGAUGAAGACGCCAGAGCACUGUAUGACGCUGGAGUAAAGAUUAAAGGGACUGAUGUGGCAACCUGGAUCUCCAUCAUGUCUGAGAGGAGCGUAUCCCACCUGAAAAAAGUGUUUGAGAGGUACAAGAGUUACAGCCCGUACGACAUGCAGGAAAGCAUCGUGAAGGAAGUUAAAGGAGACUUACAAAACUCCUUCCUGGCAUUAGUUCAAUGCUUUGAAAACAAACAGCUGUAUUUUGCCAACAGACUGAGUCAUGCCAUGAAGGGUAAAGGAGCCAAAGACAAGAUAUUGACCAGAAUCAUCGUGUCACGCUGUGAGGUGGACCUGAAGAAAAUCUGCUCUGAUUACAAAACCACCUUUGGACAGUCCCUGCAAAAGGCUAUAAUGGAACACACCAAGGGGGACUACCAGAAGGUUCUGCUUGGCCUGUGUGGACCAGACGAGUAAAGUUGAACCAUGAGAGUCAAAGGAGAGGUGGGCUAUCAGGAAUAUCACAGUUGAAAACAAAAACAGACAUUCCAACUUUUUUAAAAACACAACUGACUGCGACAUUCAGUGAGAUUGAUUGAUCUUUGUCAGACAUGAAGACUCUGAAUGAAUCCUACCUUUGUUACACAAAAACAGAAAUAAAGUGGCGCUGCUUCAGUGUUGUUCCUUAAUUUCUCUCUAUGUCCCCACCAGUAUGUCUUUACCUGAUGUUUAUGUAGAUGGCCAUUAGAGGGCGUUAUAGUCACAUUUAAAGCAACAGCAAACAGCUCAGACUCAACUGUCUCAGGAUGUUGAUAUCUGACACUAUCUGCACAAAUCUUACCUUUUUUUUUCUCGCAAUCAAAUAUUUACUCUCAAAUGACAUAUUUGAAUUUGAUUAUGAGCUUUUUCCUUUUCAUGAUACUUUGAACAGAAAUAAUAAAAUAUGUGAAAAUGUC